UGCUGCAGGCGGGGCAUAGUGUGAAUUCAGGAAAUUGAAACAAAGCCUGUUCCACUGCCCAGAGGGAGCCAUGGCUGCAGAGAACCCCGUGGAAAGUCUCCAGGAGGAAGCUACAUGUCCCAUCUGUAUGGAGCAUUUCACAGAACCUGUCAUUCUGGAGUGUGGGCACAAUUUCUGCCACGCCUGCAUCAGCCAGUGCUGGGAGGGAACCGACACAGCCACCUCCUGCCCUCUGUGCAGAGAAACUGUGCAACCGGGAAACCUCAGGCCCAACCUGCAGUUAGGAAACAUGGUAGAAAUCGCCAAGUGGCUGAGUUUACAGGCAGCAAAGGGAGCAGGAGGGGACGGGGUGUGUGGGGAACACCUGGAGGCUCUGAAACUGUUCUGUGAAGAGGAUGAAACCCCCAUCUGUGUGGUGUGCGACAGAUCCCGGGCUCACCGCGCUCACACGGUGGUUCCCAUACAGGAGGCUGCCCAGGAGUACAAGGAAAGAAUCCAGGCCCAUUUGAAGACUCUGAGGGAAGAGAGAGAAAAGUUGCUGGGAUUGAAAGCGACUGCAGAGGGGAAUAGCCGGGAGUAUCUGGAUAUUAGAAGCACCUUGCGCAGGUGUGAGAAGGGGAAGUUCCAGCAGCCAGAGAAGAUUUCUCCUGAACUGGAAGAGCGACCAACAAGUGAAUUUUUGCAGGAUAUUAGAAGCACCUUGCGCAGGUGUGAGAAGGGGAAGUUCCAGCAGCCAGAGGAGAUUUCUCCUGAACUGGAAGAGCGAGUCAGUGGUUUCUCUCAGAAAACGAUUGUGCUAUUGGAGACUCUGGGGAAGUUCAAAGACACUCUGCCGUAUGCACUAGAGAUGAAAAGAGGAGGCUUCCUAGGAACAUUCAGAGACGUGAAUGUGACUCUGGAUCCAGACACGGCCCAUCCCCACCUCGUUCUGUCUGAGGACUGGAAAAGUGUGACACGGGGAGACACACGGCAGCAUCUGCCCAACACCCCUGAGAGAUUUGACACUAAGCCCUGUGUGCUGGGCUGUGAGGGAUUCACCUCGGGAAGACAUUGCUGGGAGGUGGAGGUGCAGGGUGGGGGAGGCUGGGCUGUGGGGGUGGCCAGAGAGUCUGUGAGGAGGAAGGGAUGGAUCAGCUGUAGCCCUGAGGGGGGGAUCUGGGCUGUUGGGUGGUUGGGGGAUCAGUUCUGGGCUCUCACCUCCCCUGAGAACCCCCUUCCCCGGCGCCGGAUCCCCAGCAGGAUCCGGGUUUGUCUGGACUGUGACCAGGGGCAGGUGAUAUUUAUCGAUGCUGGUGACGAGGCCCCGAUCUUCACUUUCCCGCCGGGCUCCGUCCCUGGGGGGAGAAUCCGACCCUGGCUCUGGGUGUGGCUGGGAUCCCAGCUCAGACUGUGUCCCUGAGGGGAGGCGGGGGUGGGGAUAUUCCACUGGAGAACUGGAAAUCAGCCUUUCUAGCCUCACACACCCUAGUCUCUAUGACCUUGGAGGACUCCUGUCUACCCAGCCCCUGGCUCCUCAUCUCUAUGACCUAUGGAAGCCCCUCCCCUUCCCUGCAGCACCAGGGAUGGAAGGAGGAGAGGGGAAGAACCCCUGGGGCUGCAGGAGGAGCAGAGGGGCCCUGAGGG